GCUUCUUGUUGCCAUGACUACACCUUGGCUGUCCGCCGUGUUGGUUGAGAAACAGAAAGGCAGAAGAGUGGGAGAAACGAAGGCCAGGUUAUUGCCCCACGUUAAGCGAGUCUUGGCGGCUGGGCCACGCCAUGAAUAGGUUCAAUCUUGUUUUGGGCCAAGGGAUUUCCAGACCAGCUACCCCCAAGGUUUCUGGAAUGCUGGAAGUGAUUGCCCCUGAAGAUGGAUUUGUCCUAGAAAAAUGUGUGCCAUUGUCAAGGCAUAACGGCUUAGGAAGGACAGAUGCAAUGAAGGAACAGAAGAACUGGCAAAAUGGAAGGCUGCAUGUGUUUGGUCCAAAAGAAGAAGUUGUUAUUGAACCAGUCCAAACAGUGCCACGCAUCGGAUGUAGAAAAGAAUCUACAAGCAGACCUUUCACGCCGUCAAAGCAGAUUUUGUUAUGUACAGCUAAAUCAUUAGAUAAGCAGAAUAUUAUAACUAGGAAUUCAAAAAAUCCAAAGACAACUGUAAGACUGCACGAGAGCAUACAAGAAGAAGCAGAAAUCCAUAAUGAUCCUCACUUAAAAGAUGAUUUACACAAACUGAAUCACGUAUCUGAGAGAAUUGGAGCAAAGAUGGAAUCAAAAGAUAAUGGUGAAAAUGAGGAAACUUUCAAUAAUGUUGAAAAGACCCUCCACAAUGAGGCCAGGACUGAGACCCAAGAGAGCAAUGUGGAUAAGCAGAAUGCUGAUGAAAAGCCAUCAGAUAGUUCAGAUGAUGAUGAAUGCAGCUGUGAGCAGGGCAAUGGUGAAGCUGAGAAGAGAACUGCACCACUGGAAUUAAUGGGAGAGUUUCUGAAAGCAAUAAUGGAGCGGGACUACAAUCUUGCCAAAAAACUUUGUCAAAUGAUUCUUAUAUAUGAACCUCAAAAUCCUGAAGCCAUGCAGUUUCUUCCACUUAUUGAAAGAAAACUGCAAUUAGAAAGUAUACAGGAGGCUGAUGGUGAAGAAACCGAUAUAGGGAGCACAGAUGACAGUGAAGAGGAUUCUAGUGAUACAGAAGACAGCGGGGCUGAAACCGAAGCAAGUUCUGAGGAUUCUGAUACCUAGGAAUUUGGGAGUGCCAGAAAUGAGUGCAUUUUUUUAAAAACAAAAAACAAAAAAACUUGUUAUUAAACCGGCUGAUUUUAUUGUAUGCAUUUUGAAGAUUUCCUUUUAUGUUGUUUUUUCCCCUACUUAACAUUGCCUCAGUGUUCCAGGACUUCCAUCUUGCAGUUACGGCAGCAUGCAAACUUGUUGACCGGAAACAUAACUCCUGAAAUAUAUUCUUGUUUUAGCAAUUGGGAAAAUUUUUUUAAAACUACCGUGUGUUUUAGUAAUUAUUUAGAUUUGAUCUAUGGGAUAAGUUCAAGUGAUCCUUAUAGACUGGAUUUUUUUUUUUUUUUAGGCUAGCUAGCUGUGAGGUUAGCUGUGGUUAUAGGAUUGACGGUGGUCAGGAGUGGAGGUCCGAGGUUCCGUUGUCCUUUGCCAAGGUAACAUCUGGUUGAGUAAUAGGACUGAAACAGUUGAUCAUUGGCAGUGCAAUCAUAAGCAGAGUUGUGUCCUUCCAAGCACAUUGGCUUUAGUAGACUGAGAAGAGUAUAACUCUGCUUAGGACUGGACUGUCAUUCAGUUAAUUUAGCAGCUGCUAUUUUGUAAUGCGAGCACUUAACAAAAAAAACACUUGGCCUCACCUUACAAAUGACAUUUCUCAUUUACUGCAAAAUCUCUUCCAAGAUGGCGCCUACAGCAAAAUGUGUAAGCAUUUUUUUCCUCCUUUGGAAUAAUUGUUUUAUUCACAUGCAGAGUUAUACAGAUUUAAUCAAUAAAUCUUUGUUGCUUCAUCAUA